CGGGAGAUUUGGUUAACGCCGUUACCCGCGCGCGUAAAUUGAUGCACAGACCGCGACCUCGUGCUUGACGCGUCUCGUCUGUCUGUUGAAGCUUGAGCACCCAAACCUCAACCUCAACCGUCUUCCACCCUAAACUUCCAGAGGCGCCAUGAUGAUACACCAGCAAAUGGCCAAAAUGGCAUGUCUCUAGCUGAUUCACAAUCUCAACCUUGCUCUCUGCCCAGCCCUCACAAAAGCCUUCACGGCCGCCGUGCGCGUGGCCAUACAAGCCUGGCUGGCCGCUUCACGCUGGCCCACGCUGCAGGCGGCCCCUUUAUCGGCCAAUGUGCUCAACACUGCCUGACGAUUCGUCAUGGGCGAUAUGCGAGGCAUGAAGCGCGCACGCGGGGAUGAGGAGACUUCUCACUCGAGGGCUGCAGAGGCACCAGUCCCACGUUUAAAGAAGCCCAAGCACUCCAACUUGGAGUAUCCGCCGUCGUUCUGGGAUAAUCUCUCCACGAUCCCAUUGAGUCGUGCUGCUUUGCGAGAACUUGACCGAAGAAACAGGACAAACGCUGCCUCUUGGUCCCCACGACCAGCACAACCGCAGCAGCUACCACAAGCCUGUCGCGAUAUCAAAGAAUUCGCGAGGCGAGGAGGCCCGAACUUGCUGGAUAUCAGAGGUUACGCCCCGCCAGACCUUCUUCCCGCACCCAUCGCAAGCAUGGUCUCAUCAUCGACAAGAAGCCAAAGUCGGUCAACAAGAAGCCAAAGCCGAGCAUCAAGAAGCCAAAGUCGGUCGACAAGAAGCCAAAUCGGGAAGAUCCAGUCUUCGUCCAAGAACAGCAAGAGCCAGUCUACGUCCAAAAUCAGUAGCCGUUCUGGACCAUACAAGCCGGAAUUUGAGCAGCACCUCAUCGAUUAUGGGGUGUACAUGGCCAGCCUGGAUCCUGAACCUGCCAAUCUAGAGGCAAUCUGCGACGAGCUGCGGCGUGGAAGGUCAUCACUGUCACCUGGUCAAUUCACGAACGAUGCGUUCAAGACCUUUAUGAACGCGCAAAUGACCGCCAAGGAUGAAGCGACUAUCAUGAACACUACAAUUGGAUCGAUUUGUGGAAAUGAUGUAAACAUCUCAAACGCUAGGGACAUCCUCUUCACUCACCUAGAGCCUCUCACGACGGGGGAAAUUGUCAAACCAAAGCCCGACUUUUUCGAUGGCGCCCACCGACACGAGCUGGGCGAAGCGUUGCUCGCAGACAGAUCGCUGGCGUCCAAAAUCAUCCCCUCCAAGAACGCACAUAUUCCUGUUGUGCCGAACCUGUUUCUUGAAGUCAAAGGGCCUGGAGGUAGCCCCAUCGUGGCAAAACGACAAGCUUGCUACGACGGCGCAAACGGAGCGCGUGCCAUGCACGCUCUGCAAAAUCAUGGCUCGAAAGAUCAAACAUACGAUGGCAAUGCCUAUGCGUUCAGCGCUACGUAUAUUGAUGGCAUGCUCACUCUAUAUGCGCAUCAUGUCCAAGCGCCUGUUUCGCCGACGUCUGCUCGUCCGCAGUACCACAUGACCCAAAUAGAUUCAUAUGCCAUUUCAGGCAACAGGGCCAGAUUUAUCGAAGGCGCGGCUGCUUUUAGAAACUUGCGGCUGUUGGCAAAACGAUAUCGGGAGGCCUUUAUACGAAAUGCGAAUGCGCAGAGUCUGGCAUCAGGCUCGCCGCAUGACACCCUGCCGUCCACCGAGAACUGACAGGAGUUCAUUGAUUGAAUCCAGCGCAUGGCAAACUGAAGCUUCAGCUCUGUGCGAGAAAGGGUUAGAUUUCUACAGGAGGAAUACCUGCUGAUCUGGAAAGCUGAGCAUCAGGCAGUUUGUGCGCAACGGCCUGUGAUUGUUCAGGCUACGCAAUCAGCACAGAUCGCCAAAAAGACAUCAUCGCGUUUCUCGCGUUCUCCUUCAGCCAGACGGACACAACAUUUGGAUCCUGUCUCCUUUUAUAUGAAAUUUGCCCCCGCUACUGAGAAC